AUGGCGAAGGCCUGCGACCACUGCAACCCGAAUAACGAGAACGAAAAAUGUACUAGUCCGACUAGUCCGACUAGUCCGACAUGCAUCAGAUGCAGUCGUCUGAAAACUGUCUCCACUGCUCAUCACACCAAGCGCAUGAAAUACCGCUCUUCUUCCAAAUCCCCGGAUGGGAGGGAUUUGGAAGUUCCCAAUGUCGCGUCGCAACAGCCCAGCUCCAAUGAAAACGAGAGCGAUGUCUCCUCUUGCUCGUCUAGUCAACGAUCAUUUUCCAGCUCGCCUCCCAGAGUCGAUGAGGCUUGGACACCGGAAACACCCGACUUCCUGGUCCUCUCGCCAGAGAAAUUACUCGCCGCACCAAACAACUUUCAAACGACAUCAGACGCCUUGCGCACCGUUAUGGACGUGGAAACAUUCACAUUCAUACAUUUACCCUUCAUGUUUGGAGGUAGUUUUGUCCCCAUAUCCCAAAAGACCGUUUAUGUUAUCUUGCAACUAUGCGCCCCGAUCCUAACAGAAGGAUACCUGGCCUUCCUGGGCCUGAUGACGAAUUACCAAAAGUCCCUCGUUGUACGUCGGCACGAGCCCGACAUGCUUAAAGCCGCGAAGGGAUUGCAACGUCUGCGAAGUGUGAAAAUCGCACACCAUUACGACGCGGCGUGCGUGCUCUUCCUCGGUCAGACUAUGUACGUCUUCAAUGUUCUCACAGCGCCGUACUCCAGUACAGCGCAUUCUAUCGUUCGAAGCGCGCUCAUGUCGGCAAAACCAUGGAUUCCUAAAUUGCUGCAGGCACCUGUCAUGGAUACGGUAACCAUGUCUCCGAUUUUGAUUGAUACCAUCGAGUGUCUGGUGCACCGUGAGAUCCCUAUAAUACGACUCGACCCGCAGCGUCGCGUCAUCAUCGAUCGCUACGGUGGUCUUUGUGCAACGCUUCUCCCUCACCUUUAUGAUAUCUGCAAGUGUAGCAAUGCAUUGAAGAUAAAUACUCCAGCCGUCGGAUCUAAAUCAUACUCGGCUAUACAUGACCAACUGGAUGAAAUAGAGGAUAUCAUCCGACGCUGGCGGCCGCAAACCAUGACUGGAUUAUUCGAGAAUUACGGCCAGCAUGCGGUGUUAGCAAUGGUCACACAAGCAAAUGUGUAUCGGCUGGCGGCUUUAUUAAUCCUCCAUCGACUGCGAUAUCCGCUCGGAGUCGAGGACGAGGAAGCACACAAGCUUGCGAAUGGAAUAUUCUCUGAAUUGACAUUCUUUGCCAAAGCAGCGGUCAAUGUAAAGGAUUCUAGCGCGUUACCGGUCGUCUUUCCUUUGACGAUGGCUAUGCUUGAGAUAAAUGGGCCCGGAGAAGAUCUGAUAGAGCGCCUGGCCUCGCCGUUCACAGCCCAAAGCGCUAGUGCAUGGCGGCUGCAUGACUUUGUGAAAGUGGCUAGAUCGUCGAGGGAGGCGGGGUUUGAGGGUCUGUGGUUUGACUUGGUUGAUUCACAUCUUCGGGUUGCGGUACCGCCAUAG